GGGCACUUCUACCCCCUUCCUGCCUACUGGGCACUUCUACCCCCUUCCUGCCUACUGGGACACUUCUACCCCCUUCCUGCCUACAGGGCACUUCUACCCCCUUCCUGCCUACCGGACACUUCUACCCCCUUCCUGCCUACAGGACACUUCUACCCCCUUCCUGCCUACAGGGCACUUCUACCCCCUUCCUGCCUACAGGACACUUCUACCCCCUUCCUGCCUACUGGGCACGUCUACCCCCUUCCUGCCUACUGGGCACGUCUACCCCCUUCCUGCCUACAGGGCACUUCUACCCCCUUCCUGCCUGCCGGGCACUUCGACCCCCCCUUCUGUCUACUG